UGUUAAUCAGCUGUCUCAUUGGUCGCGGAUACAUACCAAUUCGUCAUAUAUGUAUUUUGUCUUGUAUGAAUAUGGUUUAUAGUAAAACUAAUAGUUCAGUGAGUGCACAUAGAUACGCGUACGAGUACGUCGAAUAACGAUAAUAAAAUUAUUUGUGGAAUUUAUUAUAUUUUAAAAUGUGGUGACUAUAUACUAUGAAAAAGAAAAUAUUGCAAUGUGGAAGUUGAGGUAGUCGCCAUUGAAAAUAAAAGAUCCGGUAGAGGACUAAAAAAAAAUCAAGGAUGAAGGUUGAAGGAUAAUUACGGGAUCGAGAACAGGAAACUGGUAUCUCAAUCGAUUAUAACCCUACGUUCUUGUGUUUUCUGACAGUUUUAUUAAAACCACAAAGAAAUAUAAAACCUCGGCCUUGGCACUUUAAGAAAUGACGAAAUAUUGACUUUUAGCCAGUGAUGUUUAAAUGCACGUGAUCAAUUUUUACCAAACAAUUUGACGCCAAGAAUUCAUCAAAAUAUCAAAAUGAGUUCUGUUUGGAAAAGACUUCAGCGAGUGAACAAAAGAGCAGCUAAAUUUCAAUUUACUGUCUCAUAUCAUGAACUUACUUUAGAAACCACAUCCAAAUGGAAACCAACUAAAUUAAGUGUAGUGUGGACAAGAAGAAGUCGAAGAGUAAGUUCUGAACCUUUAGAAUGGGAACCUUGUUUGAGUGAUCCUUUGAUAGGAAUCAUCAACUGGCCAGUUCCUGACAAUCAUACUGUGUCUGUGACACUAUUUAAAGACCCUAGAACUCAUGAAUUGGAGGACAAAGAUUGGACUUUUGUCAUUGAAGAUGUUUCGUCAACCGGUAAAAGGCGACAUGUUGCUGCCACUAAUAUUAAUAUGAAGAAAUAUGCAACUUUGGAAUCUAGUCAGCAACAACUUAAAUUAGAUCUCAAGCCCACAUCGAAAAAAAUAGCGAGAGCUACUCUUGAAUGUACUUUGUCUUGUGUAUUUCUUCGUGAAGGAAAAGCAACCGAUGAAGAUAUGCAGAGUAUGGCUAGUUUGAUGUCAGUCAAUAAUAAUAGUGAUAUUGCGCCUCUAGACGAUUUUGAUAACGAAGAUAUUCCUGAAGAUGUUGAGGAUUUAUCAUCAAAAAAUCUAGAUGAAAUUUUAGACAUAUCUACUCAAUUAGACCUGAUGACGAGUAGUUUGACUGAAAGUGAAAUGCCGAGUACUCCAAUAAGUGUCGCCAGUUUGGUAAAAGACGAUGCGACACCAGUAAAUGAUGAUAUAAACGUCACAUGUGAUACUAGCAUAACAAUGGUUACUGAUCAUCAUGUGAAAGAUAGAUCACCUAUUAAAGAUGAAAUAGCAAUCGAAAAUGAUAAAAAUACAGCAAUGAGGUCAAAGCUUCAACCUUUAGAUUUAAAAAUAAAUGAGACUGCACCAAGAAUGAGGGAAGUUACCCCAGGUCAGGAUCUUUUAGAAUGGUGUAAAGAAGUAACACAUAAUUACCCAGGUGUUAAAGUAACGAAUUUAACAACUUCAUGGCGAAAUGGAAUGGCAUUUUGUGCAAUCAUUCAUCAUUUUAGACCAGAUCUCAUAGAUAUAGAUUCCUUAUUGCCUCAUGAUGUCAAAGGUAACUGUAAAAAAGCUUUUGAUGCUGGUGAAGCAUUGGGAAUUCCUCGAGUUAUCGAGCCAGCAGAUAUGGAUAUAUUAACGGUGCCAGAUAAAUUAGCCGUUAUGACAUAUUUAUAUCAAUUAAGGGCUCAUUUCACUGGUCAUGAACUGGAGGUUCAUCAGAUUGGUAAAACAACAGAUGAAUCAUCAUACAUGAUCGGUAGGUUCAAUACUGAUGAUAAUUCUGAAGUUAGUGUUCAAUUAUUUGGUCAAGAAAUCAUUAAUAUGAGGAAGAAAGAACAGAAUGAACAGAAAAGUAAUAAAACUGAAUGCAAUCGACGAUCAAAUCCAUUUGAUUAUAAAAGAGAAGAUUCGUGCGGUGAAUCACUUAAAAAUAAAUUGCAUCUUAACUUAAAUACCGAAAUUCAAGAUAACGAUCCAGUUAAUAAAGACAAAUCACCAUCAAGUGUAAAAGAUGUAAAGGAUAUUAUUCUAGCUGGUUCUAAAAGUAUUCUUGGUAAAGUGCUUUCUCCAACGAAAGAAAAAUACGCAUCUAGAGAAAAGAGUAAAUCUCCUCCACGACCACUUCAUGUUCAACAACGUCCAAUUUUGAUGACAAGACGUCAAUUAACAGACCCGUUCGGUUCAGAUGAUGAAGAAGAAAAUAUUCAAGUAGUAGAUGAUAAGUGGUCUCAAUCAAUUUCUAUCACUAAAUCGCCUACGUCAUCGCGUGAUGAAAUAAUAGAUAGAACCAUACGAGCCAACUCCGAAGGUCGCGGUGAAAUGUCACCAACUCAUAGAGAACCACGGUCUCAACACCCACUGGUCUCAAGACAUGAUGAGUUACGAGAGCGUGCGAGACAGCUUUUAGAACAAGCACGAAAUCAAACAAAAACAUCGGCAGUGUCAUCUCCAGUUUCCAGUCCUGGAGAAUCUCAAAUAGAUGAUGACAGACAGCAGCAAUUACGAGAACGAGCCCGAAGACUUAUCGCUGAAGCGAGAAUGGGUGUUGUUAUAACUCCAAGUCAGUUAGGAGAUGACAAUAGCAGCGAUAAACGAUCUAUUGAUGAUCAGAAUAAUAGUCCAAGGCGAAGUAUUACACCUUCAACACCCGGAGAUCGACUGAGCAUAAAGUCCGAACACAAUGGUAAUAUAUUAGCGAAUUCAUCGAACAUUAGUGAUGGGGAGAAAAAGUCUACUACUCCUAUAUAUUCUUACAAUAAAAUAAUUGAGAGGAUUUCUCCAGACAAAAGUAGUCCUGAGAAAAGUCCGCAGACAAUGCGUGGGUUUGGUAAAGACAUGACAUCAUAUAUCCAAAAUGAAUUAGAAGCUUUAGAAAGAGAACAAAGUCAAAUAGAUGUUCAAGCAGCGAAACUUGAAAAACAACUUCGAGCUGCGAUGGAGAGUGACAAUGAAGAAGAUACUAAUUUACUCAUGUCACAUUGGUUUACACUUGUUAAUAAGAAAAAUGCACUGCUACGACGACAGAUGCAGUUAAAUAUUUUGGAAAAAGAAGAUGAUUUAGAACGAAGAUUUGAACUUUUAAAUCGAGAAUUGAGGAGUAUUUUUGCUGUAGAAGAUUGGCAAAAAACUGCUGAACAAAAAGUUCGAGAGAAUCUCCUUUUAGAAGAAUUAGUUUCGAUUGUGAAUAAAAGAGAUGAAUUAGUGCAUCAUCUUGAUUCUCAAGAAAGAGCAAUUGAGGAUGAUGAUGAAAUAGAACGUGAUUUAUCCCGUGCUGGUUUAGGACAAAGAAAUAAGAAUUGUGUAAUUCAAUAAAAUGAAAUAAGCAAUAUUAGAAAAAAAAAUAUUGCCAAGAAGAAAGUUGCCAAAGAAGAAAAAGAAGGAUCAUCAGAGACGGUAUGUCAUAAAAAAAAUUUUAAAAAUUACGUGAGAUUUAGAAAUAUCAUUUAAUCAAUAUAGUGAAAAGAUAAAAACACAUAUUUAAUAAAAGCAACCUUUUUUACUUUCAAUCGCUUUUCAGAAGACUUUGAUUGCUGAUUGAAUGAUUUAAAAUCAAGAAAAAUUAUCAUAUUCAUUUUGUCCUGUACAAUAUUGAAAAAAUAUCAUCACAUUUGAUUUCAUCAUUUUAUCCUAGAAAUUCAUUGCGAACAUAAUGUUUAGACAAUUUUGAUUCUUGAAGUUAAAACUCAAAAAAUAAAAAAAUAAUUGUCUAUGCAUUAUAAUAAACAUAACCAUUAAAUAAAAUUUAAAUGAUUCAUAUACUCAAAUAUGUGCCAUAGACUAUUAUUAUCAGUGUCAGACAUGCAAUAGAUUUCAUUCUAAGCAUACAAAUUCAAAAGAUAAACUAAAUGUAUUUCAUUGCUCACAAUUAAGGCUAAAAUUUUUUCGACACAUAAACAAAGUUUGAUCUAAAAAAAAAGUGUUUUAUAUUCUAUUCUAUAUUAAUUAUUAAACGAUUGAAAUAUCGAAAUUGUUAAAAAAUAUUUUUUGAACUUGUUGAA